AUGAUGCAAAGAUUAUGGCUGUGCAAAAUCCAGUGGGAUGAAUCCUUACCUGCAGACUUAGAUACAAGUUGGAAACGAUUUCGAGAGCAGCUUCAGCAGGUGAAUUAUGUGAAAAUUACUCGUCACGUUUUGUGUGAUAACCCAGUCAGGGUGGAAAUCCAUGGGUUUGCUGAUGCAUCAUUAGAGGCUUAUGGUGCAUGUGUGUAUGUGCGAAGUGAAGAUGCUAAUGGAAAGGUGUAUGUGAGAGUGAUGUGUUCUAAAACCAAAGUAGCACCCCUUAAAACAAUUACAGUGCCCAGAUUAGAAUUGUGUGCGGCCUUACUGUUAGCUAAUUUGGUACAGAAGGUUAAAACUUCAUUAACCGUGAAAAUUGAUGAAAUUGUGCUUUGGUCUGAUUCGUCUGUGUGUUUAACAUGGAUCCAUACACCCCCAAAUAUAUUGCAAACUUUUGUGGGUAAUCGUGUAUCCCAAAUUCAAGGUUUGACCCAAACCAAUCAGUGGAACCAUAUCAGUACCAAAGAUAAUCCUGCGGAUCUCCUAUCUAGGGGACUUAGCCCCGAGCUAAUUGAACCUUGUGAACUGUGGUGGUGCGGUCCGAAGUGGUUGGGCCUUAGCAAAUGCCUAUGGCCUAAAUCAGUUUUUAAACAUGUUAUAAAGGUGCCUGAACUCAGAAAACAAGCACAAGUAUUCAAAGUAGAAAUUAUUGAAUGGUUUCCUUUUCAUAGAUUUUCAAGUUUUUCCAAGAUGAUCAGUGUGCGCUUGGUGUUUGCGCUUUAUAAAUAA